UGAGAAAAACUUCAAUGUGGGGCACAAAGGGUGGUAUCUGGAAGGAGAAGUUAGGGACUGAGCUGCUUUGCAGAUCAGAGCAUUUGAAAGUGAACACCCAGUGUGACAAGAAGCAAAAACCACAGGAUACCACAUGUUUCUGGGGUAGUGAACCUGACCCAACCCUGAAGAGCUCAGGGGAAGAAGGGAAGCCUUCUUCUUGAGAAGAUUUUGCUCCCGAUGGGCACAGGAAAUGAAGAUGUUGCCUGCCAUGCUUGGAAUUGGGAGAUUGCUUUGGAUCCUCUUCUUAAUCGCAACUCUGGGCAUCUGGAGUAUCCACGGAGAAAAACCAUGUACACCACAACUUCGUGUUAAGAGAGCCUCCAUGCAGAAAGUUCGUGCAGGGAAUCCAUUUCAACUGGAAUGUCCUGUGGUAUACUGCACUAAGAGUCCUAAUGUGACCUGGUGCAAGUUGAAAGAAAACCAGUGUUUGCCUCUGGGAGCUAGUCAUCGGGCACACAUGAAGAGGAAAAACAGACAGAAUAUUCUCAUUUUUAUUCUACAUUUUGAUCAAGCCGUGGCUAGUGACAAUGGAUCAUACCGCUGUUCUUUGAAUGCUUCAUCUGGACUCAUUGAAAGUCACUCAAUAGCUAUUAAUGUGAUAGAAUGGACUCAAAAUAAUUCAGAACAUCCUCUAAUAAAUACAACCAGUGCUACAGGACCACCGUUCAAGAAUGAGAUAGAGGGCAGACCAUGGAUCCUUUAUUGCUUGCUUCCUUUGGGAGGAUUGCUUCUACUCAUUACCUGUUUCUACCUAUUCUGCUGCCUGAAAAGGCACCGAGGGGAACAAAAGGAGCCUUCUGAUACAACAGGAAGGGGAAUUAACCUGGUUGAUGUUCCUCAGCCCUUUAAAAGUGAGCAAAUUGAAGUGGGCACCAGACAACAUCCCCAAACUCUGCCAUCAGAACCUGAUGUCUAUGAUAAUGACCCCUGGGUCAGCAGCCAGGAAGAGUCUGGGGUUUAUUCUAACCCAAGUCUGGAGGAAAACAAACAAGGCAUUGUUUAUGCUUCGCUGAACCACUCCAUCAUUGAAAUGAACCCAAGGCAGGCAAGAAAUGUGAAAGAAGCACCUACAGAAUAUGCAGCCAUAUGUGUGAGGAGAUAAUUCUCGUCCCACUCUCCCACCAGCCGCCAUGGAUGAUCAGCAUGUCCAUACCGCCAUCGAUGAUCAGCAUGUCCUACAGAAUGUCAAGUAAUAUUCCUUGACCUAAGAAGAUUCACUUUCAGGGGAGUCAUGUUGGAGCUUGGAUUUUAAUGGUCAGUAGGGCAAAUGACUAAUAGUUCUGCCAGAAAACUCUUUUGGAGCAUUUUAUUUUAUUGCCAUGAACAACAUCUCCUCUCCAAAACUGAGUGAUAUGAAUAGCAGAGCAGUAGAACAUUUAAACUUAGCUACAUUUUACCCAACAUUUAAAGUCAAUAUUUACUUUGGAGCUAUCAGAAACACAGGUAGGGAAGAGAGAUAUGUGUUAUCUGCAUCGGUUCACUACACACGCUUGA